GUUCUCAUUCAGUCCUCGGGUACUGAAACUCCAGACCUCUUAGUCCCAGGGCGAGUGUGUCAUGAACUGGUGUGUCGUAAAAUACUUAAGUAACAGUCAACGCUGAUCCAUUUACUGUUACUUAAGGUUACAGCUGCUGAAGGGUGUCUUGAAUUACAGCCAGUCCUUUACCUGUCUGCAGUUACAGUUACGUCUUAACAGUUACCACCGCCGCUGUAUGGAGCUGUAGAAAGUUGGGAGACACCAUAAUAAGGUCUCAGCCAACAAAAGAAAGCUGACAAGAUGUUGAAAGCCAAAGCAGUAAGGACGCCCCUCCUGAUGGUGAUGUCCAUGAUGGUGGGUGUUCUACUGACGUCCUUUGGUCUGACUCCCUACCAUGGUAUUUUCACUUCGAGGACAUCAAGCUCCCCCUUGACCCAUGAUGACCUGGUCGAGGUGGACAUCCCAGACGAACCACUGAAGGACCAUGAUAUUAACGAGGUCCACCAUAGAGGGGAGGACGUAGAGGCGGUCAGGUUGGCAGAGAAGGUGCGGGUGUUAUGCUGGGUGAUGACUCAGCCGGAAACCCACCAGAAGAAGGCAGUCCACGUCAAGGCCACCUGGGGGAAGCGAUGUAAUAAACUGAUCUUCAUGAGCUCACAGAAUGACAAGAGCCUUGGAGCCAUCGAUUUGGAUGUUGGUGAAGGAUAUAACUUAUUGUGGGGAAAGACAAAAGCCGCCUUCAAGUACAUCUAUGACCACUACCUUGACGAUUACGAGUGGGUUUUCAAGGCUGACGACGACACGUACACCAUAAUGGAGAAUAUGCGUUAUAUGUUGUCAGCCUACGACCCUGAUUACCCCAUCUACUUUGGCUCAAGGUUCAAGAAGUUCAGCAAACAGGGAUACAUGAGUGGAGGCGGUGGAUAUGUGUUAAGCAGGGAGGCAGUAACACAGUUUGUGGAGGUGGCGCUGCCAAAUAAGACACUGUGUAAGAGACAUAACACAGGCGCCGAGGAUGCCGAGAUGGGAAAAUGUCUGGAUAAAAUCGGUGUUUUGGCUGGUGACUCCCGAGACAGUCUGGGGCGAGGACGCUUCUUCCCCUUCACCCCCGUCACACACCUCUUUAACCAAGUCCCUAGCUGGUAUCUGGACUAUGUGUACUAUAAACCUGACACGGGACUAACCUGCUGCUCGGACACGGCCAUCACCUUCCACUAUAUGGACAUUAACAAGAUGUAUGAGUUUGAGUACCUGCUGUAUCACCUGAGGCCCUAUGGCAUCCAGCACCACGACCCGAUACCCGCCCCGCUGCCUCCAGACCUCAAUAGUAUUCCCCGCCAGAUACUUGAGCGUCGCGGUAAAACGGAUGCCUAAAGUUAACACGCCACUACAAUACCAAAGACGAGUCAAUACUUAAUUAUUAUUAUUAUUAUUAUUAUUAUUAUUAUUAUUAUUA